CGGAAUUGUUGUCGCACAUUGCAUCAACUAUUUACUCUUUUCAUCUGCUGUCUAUCCAUGAGCGGGUAAUUGUUUCUAAAGCAUCAUCAGAGCUAACCAACAUCGACCGAGCAAGAUCACUUGACCUGACUAGGUUCCCUCUCCUAUUUCAAUAUACAGCUCAACUCAUUAACCUCUCUUUGGAUUUGCACUCUGACCUCUCUACUCUGCAAUGUUCAAGAAACUGAAGGACAAGAUCAAGCGUGAACAAGAUGGGCAGCAGCACCAAUUCCAUCCAAGCAACCCAUACUACAUGAACUCAUCAAAUCAGCAACAUCUGGGAAGCCCUUCUGGGAAAUACCAGUCGCCUCAUGUGUCUCCACCAGCCCAAGGGGAUUCAUCCUCAGGUUAUGUAGCUACCCCAGGUCCUCCCCCGCCUCAGUAUCCCCAGCAGCCACCUCCAAGUUGGGAACCUCCGCCCUACCAUGACUGGACAGUGAUUCCAGACAACUCACUUCUUCCGCCACCCCCAUCAAUUUGCUACGAUAGCUCUCCAACUGCAAACUGUACUAUGGAAGAUGGAGACCGAGCCUUUGCCUGGACCGAAGCGAACCCUCUCUGGCAGCCGCAGAAUCUCACCCCUGCUCAACAUACUGCGAUCCAACACGGCCAGUUAGCCUUGCUCAAGGCACCGACAUACACAGGCGAUUUAUUACCGCAGAAGCGUCCUGGCCACUGGAAAUGUAGGACCCAUGCCAAGUGUAAAGACUCAAGCAUCCUGACGAACCUCCCAAUGUAUUCGGUGUUUUGGGAUUCACCUCUUCACACACAACAGCCUAAGACCAUCUAUUUUGAGCUAAAAGUUACCGGAGUCGGUCGCGGAGAGCGUACGCUAGAAGAAGCAGAAGCUGGAAUUGCGGUAGGCUUCGUUGCUCCACCUUAUCCCACGUUCAGAUUACCGGGGUGGCAACGCGCAUCCCUCGGCAUUCACGGCGAUGAUGGAAGGAAAUAUGUUAACGACACCUGGGGAGGGGUCGACUUCACCACUACAUUUAAGCCGGGCGACAUUGUAGGCAUUGGCAUCAAGUUUGCUCCUCCCCAGAAGCCUCCUUCCUAUGAACCGACUCAACGAGCGAGGCUGCUCGAUAUUGACGUUUUCUUCACGCGCAAUGGAAUGAGGGAAGGAGGCUGGGACGGAAAUGAAGAGCUGGAUGCCAGAAGCGAAGGUGGAACAACUGGGUUAAGGGGUGAAUGCGAUCUGUUCCCAGCAAUUGGUGUAUUUGGUGGUGUGGAUUUCGAAGUGUUCUUCAGUCCUGAAGACUGGAUCUACAAUCCAUUUUAACGGCGUUGACGGUGUUUGAAGUAUGAAAGAUUACGCCGCCGUUGUGGGUUGUCGGGGCUGAAAUCAAUUUGUCUUGGUAUUAUGCUUUUAAGAAUGUCGAUUCAGCAACACCUUCACCCAACAAAUCGAGCGCAGAAUGGAUUCUUCACCACAGAUAUCGUGCGCCUCCCUGGGUGUGGUCGCCCUUAAUAACAUGUACUUUCCCGAC